GACAGACAAAAUUGAAAGGGGGUGUGAGAAAGUGAAAAUGGGUGUGGAUAUGACCUAUCCAAGAUAGUGCGUUUCUGGGGAAUUCUAGGAUUAUUUUGGGCUCCCUCGCCUACGCACCACUGUCCAGACCUCUCUCCCUCUCUCCCUCCAGUUCUCGACAGCUCCGUGAAGACCAAGGUUAACCCUAAGCCGAGGGAGGACGACGACGAGCUCGAAUAAGGAGAGAUAGUCGCCGAUCUACACCUUCCCUACCCGCGAGGAGUUCUGGAGGUGACUUGAAUUUUUCAAUCGGGUUCCCAAAAACAUGGCCAUAAAAUUACAAAAAUGUGGGGAAAGAUUAGGUUUUGGGUUGAUGAAAUUGACCCGGAAUUACUGUUCAACAGAACCCACUAGGCAAUUUUCCGACCCAACAAAAAGAAUUUUCAAAAUCAUGAUGUCCUGCCCAACACUUGCUCUUGAUACCGCCCUUGACCAAACCGGGAUCCGAAUUUCACCCGAAAUGGUAGAGGAAGUUCUCAUGAGAUUCAACAAUGCUGGUAUGGUUGCAUACCGGUUCUUUGAGUGGGCGGCAAAGCAGCGAAAUUAUUCGCAUAGUGUUAAGGCCUACCAUGCUAUGAUUGAAUCUUUGGCCAAGAUCAGGCAGUACCAGAUCAUGUGGGAGCUUGUGAACUCGAUGAGGGCGAAGAGGAUUCAGAAUAUGGAGACGUUUGGAAUCAUUAUGAGGAAGUAUGCCAGGGCACAGAAGGUUGAGGAAGCGCUUUAUACAUUUAAUGUUAUGGAGAAGUAUGAUUGUGCUCCGAAUUUAGCGGCGUUCAAUGGCCUGCUGAGUGCUCUGUGUAAGUCCAAGAAUGUGAGGAAGGCUCAGGAGGUUUUUGAUAAAGUGAAGGAUCGGUUUGAGCCAGACUCAAAGACCUAUAGUAUAUUGAUUGGCGGGUGGGGGAAGGAUCCGAAUUUGCCUAAAGCGAGGGAGGUGUUCAGAGAAAUGAUUGAUGCGGGUUGCAAUCCUGAUAUAGUGACUUAUGGUAUCAUGGUUGAUGUUCUUUGUAAGGCAGGGAGGGUGGAUGAAGCCGUUGAUAUUGUUCGGGGCAUGGAUGAUAGUGGUUGUAUGCCGACGUCCUUUAUUUAUAGUGUUUUGGUGCAUACAUAUGGGGUUGAAAACAGGAUUGAAGAUGCUGUUGCUGCAUUCUUGGAGAUGGAAAGGAAUGGAAUAAGGGCUGAUGUGGUUGUGUACAAUGCCUUGAUCGGCGCUUUUUGUAAGGCUAACAAGUUCAAGAACGUCUAUAGGGUCUUAAACUAUAUGAAUUCCAAAGGCGUUACUCCCAAUUCGAGGACUUGCAAUAUCAUUUUAAAUAGUUUGAUUGACCGUGAAGAGACUGAGGAGGCAUUUAGCGUCUUCCGCAAAAUGAUCAAAGUAUGUGAGCCAGAUGCAGAUACGUAUACAAUGAUGAUAAAGAUGUUUUGUGAGAGAGAUGAGUUGAAGAUGGCCUAUAAAGUCUGGAAGUACAUGAAGUUGAAGCAGUUUGUCCCGAGCAUGCACACGUAUUCAGUCCUUAUAAAUGGAUUUUGUGAGAAGGGAAAUGCUUCAAAGGCUUGUGUCUUACUGGAAGAGAUGAUAGAGAAGGGGAUUCGACCAGCAGGUGUGACUUUUGGGAGAUUAAGGCAGUUGCUGAUAAAAGAAGGAAGAGAAGAUGUGCUCAAAUUUUUAAACGAAAAAGUUAAUCUUCUUGUCAAGGAGCCUUUAUUCGAUUGAAGACUCAACACUAUCAACUAAGAAAACUUGGACUGUUUGGUAUUCUUAGUCCAACAGAACGAGUCCUGGAGUUCUAGUGCUAUUGGUACUGCAUGCUAAUUAGAGAAAGAAAAAUCAACUUUUGCAGUGGAUGUGUGGAGUUCAUUGAUACGCGGUUGUGAGGAGUAAUGAUUUAAGCACGGAGCUCUGAGAUGUUGAUGGAAAUGCAUUCUUGAAGCUAUAUAUCACCACGGCUGUAAUCCCUUUGCAUUAGAUUUCAUACAAUUAUAUUGUGCUUCAGGUACAUUUCAUGUUUUUAUUAUCUUUAUUGAUUGAAAUAAUCUUCGUCAUAAUGCAAAUGUGUAGUCAAAUUAUUUUUCAAGAUGUGAGCAUCUGAGACUUUGAAUUAGCGAUGGUGUGCUAAUGAUGAGAUCUGCUCUGUCUUUUGUGUGUGCUUCUUUCUUAGAUUUUUCUUUUACUGGGAUUUACCAUGUUUUCUAAUCUAGCUUAUUUGCCUAAUGAUGGAAAACUCAUUUUUGUAGUGGUUCAGUGGAUUAUUGUUAGAUGUUUUACCCAUAUAAUGGUACAAUCCAUUCCUCUCUAAGGUGCCCUUGCAAUGCUAUUUCAACAAUUAUUGUGAGACCUCAGUCAACUGAAAAUAGUUUUGUUGUCAGUGAUGUGGUUAUCCUUACAAUGACAAUCUCAGAGUAUUUGCGGGUUUGUUUUUCUUUUUACUUGGUUUGUGCAACAAGUGGGAAAUUAUUAAGUGGUUCUUCUUGCAUAUAUGCCGUAGUACAGCCUUACGCAUUUUGCCCAAUGAUGCAGACUUAUGUUCUUGGGCAUUCUUUGAUUUUCAUUAUGAGCAUCUUCACUUCCUAUAAUUCUACCGUUAAGAGUAGCCAUCUACUGUUUAUGGUGGUGGCGUUUGUUGUUGCUGCUGCUGCUGCUGCUGUCGUCAUUCAGGAUGUGCCUGUAAAUGAAAAUGAAAGCUCAGCAUUCUUGAACUUGGAUUCAGGAUAUAAUAAGAUCCGAGGGCUAUUUUUUGUUUACAUUUACUACCCAAGCGGUGUUGUGUAAAUGACUGUUUAUUAGUUUUCAUGCUUGAGGGGCGCAAGGGAAAGGUUGCUCCUUUGUGACCAAAGGUCACAGGUCGUGGAAACAACCUCUUUGUAUCGUAAGGCUAAUCCUGCGUACGACAGACGUUUUCGCAAAGCAGGGAGGCUUGUUUGCUUGGGUAUGAUUUGUGAGAGUAAUCAAUAUAUUUAUUUAUUUUUGGGAUAGAAAGUAAUCAGUAAUGUUGUGCUUUAUCUCAUUGUUUGCUUCUUUUGUAUAAUGCGAUAAUUUCUCUA